AUGAUUGUCACAAACUCUUCAGUAACGCUACAACCAUUGCAAAACACUGGAGAAUCCAUAAUGAGGAGAGGUCUUACAAGUGUAAUAAAUGUGGCAAAUUUUUCAGACAUCGUUCAUGCCUUGCAGUUCAUUGACGAUCUCAUACAGGAGAGAAACCUUACAAAUGUGAUGAUUGUGGCAAGGUCUUCAGUGAAGCUUCAUCUUAAGCAAAACAGGAGAAUUCAUACAGGAGAGAAACCUUACAAAUGUGAUGAUUGUGACAAAGCUUUUACUUCAUGUUCACAUCACAUUAGAUAUCAGAGAAUCCGUAACGGACAGCAAUCUUACAAAUGUCAUAUGCGUGGCAAGGUCUUCAGUCUGAGGUCACUCCUUGCAGAAUAUCAGAGAAUUCAUUUUUGA